CGAAAGCAAAAGUGGAGUUAAGGAAGAGAAACCAUCUCGAGUCUUAAAACUUGUAAAAACUAGUUGUUUAAAGGGAGCACAUUUUCUGGUUUGCCAUCAAUCUCUUUUUUUAAGAGAGGCACUGCCUCUAAAAUGAGUAUCCAGGAAAAGAGAGAAGAUGAGGGCACUGUCUCUAAAAUGAGAUCUUCAUCUCCUGGAUCAUGUGUGUCUAUAAGCGAUGAAUACGAAAACAAUAAACCAUCUGCAGCCAGUGAUGUAACAGGGAGUUCUGACCUCAGGAGGGGGGAGAUACAUGAGCUGAUUACAUCCGCGCCAUCCUCUACAUCCCUCGAUCAUACUCAAAUCAGCCAGGAUAAAACUGAAGCAGUCCUGAAAAAAUACACACCAGAGACUGGACACCUGCAGAGAGUCAAAGACCAGCACAAAACCAGCAUGAAGAAGAAAUAUGAGAGAUUAUUUGAGGGAAUCAAACUCCAAGAGAAUCAAACACUCAUGAACCGGAUCUACACACAGCUCUGCAUCAUAGAGGGAGAGAGUGAAGGAGUGAAUAAAGAACAUGAGGUUUUACAGAUGGAGAAAACAGCCAGAACACAACAUUCACGAGACAGUCUAAUCUGCAAUGACAUCUUUAAAGCCUUGUCUGAAACAGGAUGUGAGGAGAAAGACCAAAUCAAGACUGUUCUUACUAAAGGCAUCGCCGGAAUUGGAAAAACUGUGUCUGUGCAGAAAUUCAUUCUGGACUGGGCCGAGGGAAAAGCCAAUCAGGAUGUAGAUUUCAUGUUUGUGCUUCCAUUUAGAGAGUUGAACUUGAUAGGAGAUCAUCAGUACAGUCUUCACAGACUUCUGCUGGACUUUCAUCCUGAACUUCAAGAUCUGGACUCAAAGAUUUAUGAGGAGUGUAAAGUUGUGUUCAUCUUUGAUGGCCUGGAUGAAAGCAAAAUGACACUGAUGUUUUCAGAUGCUCAGAAGGUUUCUGAUGUGACUGAGACUUCAUCAGUGGGUGUGUUGAUGUCAAACCUCAUGAAAGGAGAACUGCUACCAUCUGCUCUCAUCUGGAUCACCUCCAGACCAGCAGCAUGCAAUAAAAUCCCCUCCAAUUACAUAAACCGUCUGACAGAGAUUCAGGGAUUCAAUGAGCUCCAGAAGGAGGAAUAUUUCAAGAAGAGAAUCAGUGACGAGCAUCAAGCUAGCAAAAUUUUCUCACUUAUAAGAAAAGCAAGAAGCCUCCACAUCAUGUGCCACAUACCCGUCUUCUGCUGGAUCUCAUCCACUGUUCUUCAAAAGCUCCUGAAAGAAGAUCUCAGUGCAGAAUUCCCUCAAACUCUGACUGAAAUGUACAUCCAGUUCCUUCUGAUUCAGAUCAACAUGAGGAAUCAGAAUUAUGAAGAGACAGAUCCAAAGAAACAUCUGCAGUCCAACAGGGAAGUGAUUGUGAAACUUGCUGAAGUUGCUUUCAAACAGCUGAUGAAGGGCAAUGUGAUGUUCUAUGAGGAGGACCUGAUUGAGUGCAGCAUAGACAUCACUGAUGCCUCAGUGUAUUCUGGGAUCUUUAAGGAGGAAUCUGUGAUUUAUCAAAGGAAAGUGUACAGCUUCAUUCAUCUGAGCUUUCAGGAGUUUCUCGCUGCUUUCUAUCUGUUUUACCUCCAUGUAAUAAAAAAUGUUGACGUUCUUAAGUUUUUUGAUGUUAUUUAUAGCUUUCUAAAAAAUGGAGUUGAUAAAGCCCUUGAGAGUGAGAAUGGACACCUGGAUCUGUUCCUGCGGUUCCUGCUGGGUGUGUCACUGGAGUCAAAUCAGAGACUCUUACAGGAUCUACUGACACGCACAGAGAACAGCUCAGAGAGCAUCAGGAGAACCACACAGUACAUUAAAGAGAAGAUCAAAGAUGGACAUGUACUCUCCUCUGAAAGAUCCAUCAAUCUGUUCCUCUGUCUGCUGGAAGUCCAAGACCAGACUCUGUCCAGAGAGAUUCAGGAGUUUAUGAAAUCAGACAAACACUCAGAAAAUAAACUCUCUGCUGUGUACUGCUCAAUAAUAGCCUACAUGCUUCAGAUGUCAGAGGAGGUGCUAGAUGAAAUGGACCUCAAGAAAUACAACACAUCAGAUGAAGGUAGAAGAAGACUGAUACCAGCUGUGAUCAAAUGCACAAAAGCACUUCUUUCAGGCUGUAAUCUGACUGCUCAAUGUUGUGAGAGUUUGUCAUCAGCUCUACAAUCCUCAAACUAUGUCCUGAGAGAGCUUGACCUGAGCAACAAUGACCUGCAGGAUUCAGGAAUUAAGCUGCUCUCUAAUGGACUGAAGAGGACGCCAAACUGUCAGCUGCAGAUACUGAGGUUGUCAGGCUGUAUGGUGACAAAGGAAGGCUUUGGUUAUGUGUCUUCAGCUCUGAGUUCAACUUCACACCUGAGGGAGCUGGAUCUGAGCUACAAUCACCCAGGACAAUCAGGAAUCUGGCUGCUCAACCAAAAACUGAAGGAACUAAACUACUCACUGCUGAAACUCAAGCUAGAUCAUGGAGGAGAGAAAAGAAUUAAACCAGGACUGAAAAAAUACAACUGUGAUCUCACACUGGAUAAAAAUACAGCAGACUCCCGUCUUGCUCUGUCCGAGAGGAACCGAAAAGUGACCCGAGUGAAAGAGCGUCAGUCGUAUCCUGAUCAUCCAGAGAGAUUUGAUUACUAUGGUAACGUUUUAUGCAAAGAAAGCCUGACUGGACGCUGUUACUGGGAGGUUGAAUGGAGUGGAGUGGCUGACAUAGCAGUGGUAUAUAAAGGAAUCAGCAGAAAAGGCGACAGUACUGAGUGUUUUCUUGGAUACAAUGAAAAGUCUUGGACUGUUUACUGCACAAGUAGCAAUUUCUCUGCACUACAUAAUAAAAAAAGCACUGACAUACCAGCUCCUUCAUCCUCUAAGAGAGUAGGAGUGUAUGUGGACGUGUCGGCCGGCACUCUGUCCUUCUACAGCGUCUCUGACACACACACACUCACACUCUUACACACAUUCAACACCACAUUCACCGAACCCCUCUAUGCUGGAUUUGGGUUAUAUCCAGGCUCCUCUGUGUCUUUGCAUUAGAGACAUGUACUUAAAAAUUAUACUGAUUAGUAAGUAGUUACACAGAUCAUUUUCAAAGGUAGUUAACAGCAUAAUACUAAAAGCUUACAUUGUUAUGUAGAAUAUCUAUACUCUGUCUUUUGGGACUCAUUCAGAUCCACAAUUGAAAAGCUUUUAACCUUUGACUUCCACGCUAGUAAUUCACCAGCGAACGCCAGGGAUUCUGUUCCUAAUGGCCUUCAUUGACACUUUCAUAGUGAACUGAGUUAAAAAAAAGCCUUCCCCUUUUCCGCCAAGAACCCAACGUUGUGUACACCACACACACACAUCCAUAUACAUGGACUCUCAGGACUUCCCCCACAAAUGAAGUCAGCUCUGACAGAUACAAGACUGAUAAAUUUUAUGACCCCAGGGUGACUCUGUCUUAAUUCUUGCUAAGAAGAAGGAAUCCUUUUAAUCCUCUCUCUCUCUCUCUCUAUAAUAUAUAUAUAUAUAUAUAUGUAAAUGUAUUAAUAUGUACCUAAUGUUCCAUCUCAUGAUUUUCCUUUAUGUUGUUGGUCUUCCGACAAACUCUUAUGACCUAAUGUUCCAGACUGUGCAUAAUAUGGGUAACCAGAUUAUGUGUGGCAUAUUUGGUCUCUAUAACCUGGUACUUAGAUCGAAAUGACUGUGUACAUGAAAUGUCGAUAACAACAACAUAUUAGAAGAAGUACAAGCAUCUUUCAUAGUUUCUUCAUCGGCUAUCGAUCUUUCAGAGUGGUGAACUUUUUUUCUAAAGUGUUUGAAGACCAGGAAGCUCAGAAGUAUCUUUUUUAUUGCUGUUACAUUGCUGUAGUCUGCUUCGUCCAAAAAAUCUUAGCCAAGUCUAACUAAACUAAAAUACAGACUGUUAAUCUACCUUACAAGGGGGGAGGAGUUACAUAGAGGAGGGAACUCUUGAACAAAACAUGUAAAUGAAGUAUGUUUAGAAACCUGCCCUAGACUGAGAGAGCCUAAUCCAAUCAGCAUAACUAUUCAAACUGCGCCAGAGGCUUCCAAAACCAUUUAAAACAAAAGGUGAUUCAGAUGCAUAGAAACUAAUCUAAUCGGCCGGACUAUUCUGUGACAAAAGUGAUAGUCUCCAAACGCUGAGACAGGAACUCAAAGAGCCAUUUAAAACAAAAGGUGAUUGUAUCAAUUUAACUUGCAAUAGAAAGAUCAGGACAGAGAGCAAGUUUGUGACAUAAUUUACCUUAGUUACAAAAUUCACAAUAAUAAACUUCCUCAGUUUGUAUACUAUUGUAUUGGAACCAUAAUUAAACAUUUAAAUAAAAUAUGUAA